AUGAAGAACCCUCGUCCUUUUUUUCUAUUUACAUUUACAGUUGUUUUCGCUAUCUCAACUUAUAUAACUGAGGUCCAAUGUCUCCCAACUGAAAGCUCUUCCAAUCCCUGGCCAACAUUCCCUCGCAGAAAUGUACAAGCACUCGCUAGAGAUGGCUAUCUUAGAAGUAUCUCUCCCGAUUACAAGAGAAGCAUUUCUACAUUAGCUAAAAACGGAAUGCUUCCUACAUUCAGAGCACCAUACAGUGACACUGACCAACAGAACCAAGAGGAUGAUGAGGUCCAUGAGAAACGGAACCUUGCUUCUCUUGCCCGGCUCCGAAGCUAUACCACUAUGAAGAGAAACAUCCAAGCAUUAGCUCGAGACGGCUUCCGUUUUGGAAGAGGACAGUACAGCCAACCAAAUGACAAACGCAACGUAGCAGCAUUAGCAAGAAACGGCCUACUUCACAAACGUGAUGAAUUAGCCGGAGAUGAAUACUACUUCCCAUUUUACCAGAACCCAGUACCACCUCUCUCAGAAGUCGAGGGUCCUUACGAUUUUAACGAAAUAUAUGAUUACCAACAGUCUCUUAAUCCCGAAAUGUACGCGCCGUUGCAGCAAAUAUCCAAGCGAAGUGACGUUGGAUUGGCGCCCACUGAUAGUAUGAACAGAUUGGAUAGUGAUGCAAAUUGGUACUACAAAAGGGGAGUUGUAGGAAUGCCAGUACAUGGCCUUUACAGACCUGUAUUCAUCGACACCAACGGUACUCCACGUAACAAGAGAUCCAUAUAUUCGAUCCCAGAUGUUAUCGAUCACAAUGAUAUUCCUGAUUACGAAUCUGAAAAUGAUGAUAAGCGAUCAGUCGAUGAAGAGAUGCUUAACAAUUUCGAAAAGCGCCAUAUUGGUUCGCUUGCUCGAUUAGGUUGGUUACCGUCCUUUAGAUAUUCCGGAGGACGGUACAGUAGGUCCGGCCGCGCUAGGUUUCUGAUUCCGAGUCAAAUGGAAAGGAAGCAUACCUAUGACGAGAAUUUCGGGACUGGGCAAUAUCUCUCUGAUUCCGAUGCUGACACACUCGUCGAUUCAAACAACUCCGACUUACCGCCGCCGCCAGUAUCUGCUCACACGCACCCGACCGGCCGGUACCUCCACAGAACGCUAAACGAUAUUCCCAACGAUAUUUCUUCCUCAACCACAUCCAAACAAGACGACCCGUUUGUCAAAAACCGCUGGCACAACAAGGCCCUCCCCAAGUUCUAUUACUUCCGGUCACUCAAAGUCCCGUACCACACAUCCGGAAAACGUUAUCUGGACAUUCCAGCCCUUGACAAUUUACUUCUAAAGAAAACCUACAACAAUAGUCUGCCAAGCCGACGUAAAAAUCAGUAG